AUGGCUGAAUCUAAGAAGAAAUGUCGACAGUACAGUGUUGAUUAUUUGAAAUUUGGUUUUCUUCCAUCAACGGCAGACAAACGAUUGCCCAUGUGUCUUUUAUGCAACAAAGUUCUGAGCAAUGACUCUAUGAAACCAUCGAAACUCGAAGACCAUCUAAGAAGGUGUCAUCCUGAAAAAAUAGGUAAAGAUCUGAAAUACUGUCAAACAUUGAAGGAAAAAUUUGAAAAGAGCCCUACCGUAAAUAGUAUGUUUUCUUCAACGUCUCAAAGUAACGAUGAUGGCUUGUGGGUAUCUUACAAUAUUUCGUUGCUUGUAGCGAAAUCUGGAAAACCGCACACCAUCGGAGAAGAGUUAAUUUUACCCGCUAUUGAAGAGGUUUUAAAAACUGUUCUGCACAAACCUUAUUUGACGUACUCAAAAGAAUUCCUUUAA